AUGGAGUACCUGUCUAGAUCCCUGCUUUUGGCCGAAACUGAUAAAUCCAUUAUUGGUGUUAAAUUUUCUAGGAAAGCUCCUCCCAUUACCCACUUGCUUUUUGCUGAUGACAUUCUUAUAUUUGGUCAAGCUAAUUUUCAGCAUGUUAACAAUUUUCUCAAGAUUUUACCGGAUUUUGGUAAGCUUUCUGGCCAAAUGCUUAAUUUUGACAAGUCAUGCGUGUAUUUCAGUAAGAAAUUAAGUCCUGAAUUUUGUGACAGUCUUGCUCAAGAUGUCAACAUGAAUAUAGUUUCUGAUUCAGAAAAAUAUCUUGGAGCACCUCUGUUGUUAGGUCACUCAAAGAUUAAAUCUUUUGAUCAUAUAGUUCAGUCUUUUGAAGCUAGACUCGGAAACUAUGUCAGUACUACUCUAAAUCAAGCAAGUAGAUCUACUCUUAUCAAAUCUGUCUUGAAUUCUUUACCAUCUUAUCAAAUGGGGUGUUUUAAGAUACCUACAACUCUGAUUGAUAAACUUGAGUCUCUACAAAUGAACUUUUGGUGGAGUCAUAGGGCUAAGAAAGGAAUUAAGUUCAUAGCUUGGGACAACAUUAAUAAAUCUAAGGAUUUGGGAGGUCUAGGAUUUAGGAAUUUGGAGACUUUUAAUGUUGCGCUUAUAUCAUUCUUCAUUUACAAAAACUUAAUGAAAAUUGUUCCCGGAUAUGGAGAGGAAUUUACAGGUGUAUUGAAAAUGUUGGGAACAAUAGUUGUUGGGACAUUAGAUGUUGUACUAAAACCAAAAUCUGGCACUAGGACUUGGAAUGUGCAUUUAAUUCAUUAUCUGUUUGAUUUAGAUACUGCUACUAAAAUUAUAGCAAUGCAUGUCCAUGUAAUUGGUGAGGAUUCUCUUAUAUGGCUUCCUGAUAGAAAAGGGCAAUUCUCUGUUAAAAGUGUCUACAUGUUCUAUGUAGAUCCUCUAAUUCCCCUGCAGUGUCUUAAAGACAUAGUUUCAAUAAGAGAUAAGUUAUCUAGAUAUAAAGAAGAGAUUGAUUUGAAAUGUAGUUUGUGUAAUCAUCCUGCAGAAUCUAUCAAUCGUAUUUUCUUGGAUUGGCCUUAUGUUAGAUCUGUUUGGUUGGCUCUUAAUAUCAAUGUUGGUAAUGUUAUGGCUCAAUAUGGAUCUUUCAAGAACUGGAUACUCUCUUGGUUCUCUGCGGGAUCUAAUUUUACUUUUGGUACAUGGAUUACUAGACAUGAUUUUAAUAAAUUACUCAUGGUGUCACUCUGGACCAUAUGGAAAGACAGACGUUCUAAGAUUUUUCAAAACAUCAGUCCUAAUAAGUCUAUGUCUAUAGUUGUCAUUAAUAGGAUGGUAUCCCCUAUUUCAAAUCCUCGUAAUACUAAUAAUGGUGUUCUGCAGGUUCAAAAUUGGAAACCACCAGAGAAUGGUUCUGUUAAAUUUAAUUUUGAUGCUUCUUUUAAACAUGAUACUUUACAUGGAGGCAUUGGAUUAAUUGUGAGAAACUGUGCAGGCUACUGCCUUGGAGUUCAAGGGCAAUUCUUCAAUGGAGGAAUGAGGGAAGGUGUUGAAGUUGAAGAACUGGAAUGCAAAGCAAUGAAAGCUGCUGCUACUUUGGCUGUUGCAAAGGACUUCAACAAUGUCAUCUUUGAAUCGGAUUGUGAGGCUUUAAUAAAAUUCAUCAAUGAAUAA